AUGUUGGUUCCAGUCGCUGGGAAGGAGCAUCCUCAGUACGGCCGUCCAAAUAUACUCGCAUUGAAGUAUCUGGACGAAGUUGCACGGAUUAAUCAGUAUAUAAUCCACAAUAUUACUGUACCUGUUGAUAUUGACGGGAAGCACUACGAGGCGGCCUACACUGAUCUUUGCAUGUCGUUUGACUGGGCUUGCUAUCUUAAUGAUCACCUUACAAUGCUAAUGCCUAAGACUCGUUGGGGAAACUUCAGUGGUCCCAUCGCUGAAUUCGCCAGUGACAUCAUCAACAGUGAGGUAAACAUCACCUACCCUAUCGGAUGGAAAGGAUCAGAGCCCAUCUAUUUUGGAGCACUCGUAGGCCGCCCUCAUCUCGUUGAUCGUCAGGGUCACUUUGACCACGCGAUCGCUCUACGGCUUACAUACAAUGUUAGACAGGAAAAGGUAUGCAUGCAGCUGUGA